GCAGCGCAGGACGGGAGGAUGGUGAUGCGGGUCUCCAGCACCGGGACCGGUUGAUCGAGUCAGACUCAUCGAUAACAGUGAUUCCAAAUCGGAAGGUACAAGGGAGACAUUUCAUACAAGCACGUUAAUUGCUGGACAUCGGACUUCUCUGUGGUGUGCCAGCCCUCUGGUCUCCCCAUGCCUCCUUCUCCUCUUGACGACAGAAUUGUGGUGGCGCUGCCAAGGCCGAUAAGACCUCAGGAACUCCAACUCUGCCUGGACACCAGCUACCUGGAAACCACCGUGGGUGCCGUCGGUAGGUCGACGGCAAUCAAAAGCACCACCGUGGUGAAGAUCCAGACGACCCAGCUUUCGUAUAUGCCCUCGUCCAGCGGCUCCACCCGCUCGCUCACGUGUGGAUGCAGCAGUACCAGCUGUUGCACUGUGACGACCUACGAGAAAGACAGACGGAACCAGACCCUGAGCCGGGUCAGCGCAAGCAGCCCCAACUUGAACUCUGGAGUCAGCUAUGGCGUCCACGAAAGUCCUCCGAUGGCAAUGGUGGGCCACAGUGAGGCCUACAGCGCGCCCAGUCUCACUUCCAGCCUGGGAAGGUGCGGUUUGCGAGUCAUCCACGCCAAUGAGCUGGCCAAGAAGCUGACGCAUUGCCCCAUGGGCCACCCCGUCGGCCCGGUGCCAGUCAUCAUUGACUGUCGGCCCUUUAUGGAGUUUAACAAAUGUCACAUUAGGGGUGCGGUGCACAUCAACUGUUCGGACAAGAUCAGUCGCAGGCGACUCCAGCAAGGGAAAAUCACAGUGCUGGAUCUCAUUUCUUGCCGUCAGAGAAAGGACUCCUUCAAGGGGAUUUUUUCCAAAGAGCUUGUGGUGUACGAUGAAACCACUGUAGACCCAGGACAGUUAAUGCCAUCUCAGCCCCUGCAUGUGGUCCUGGAGUCUCUACGAAGGGAAGGGAAGGAUCCCAUCGUACUUAAAGGAGGUCUCGCUGGUUUCAGACAGAGUCAUGUUGAUCUGUGUGAACACUCUCUGCACCUGGAGGAAGGGCAGGACGGCAGUACCAGUAUGGGCCUGUCGGGGGCGCUACCUCACUCUCUGCCCUCCACUCCUGACAUAGAGAACGCCGAGCUGACCACCAUCCUCCCCUCUCUGUUCCUCGGCAACGAGCGAGAUGCUCAAGACCUGGAGCAAAUGCAGCGUAUGAACAUCAGCUACAUCCUGAACGUCACCACACACCUGCCGCUGUAUCACUACGACCUUGGACUCUUCAACUAUAAGCGUUUACCCGCCAGUGACAGCAACAAACAGAACCUGCGGCAGUACUUCGAGGAGGCCUUUGAGUUUAUAGAAGAAGCCCAUCAGGCCGGUCAGGGUCUCCUCAUCCACUGUCAGGCUGGCGUGUCACGAUCGGCCACCAUAGUCAUCGCUUACCUGAUGAAACACACCUGGAUGACGAUGACGGACGCCUACAAGUUUGUCAAAUCCAGACGGCCGAUUAUCUCCCCCAACCUCAACUUCAUGGGUCAGCUUUUAGAGUUUGAAGAAGACCUGAAUAACGGCGUCACUCCACGUAUACUCACGCCCAAACUCACCGGCGUUGAGACUGCCGUAUAGUAUACGAUUUGAGUUUGGUAAGAAAGGCCUACGAGGUGAUAUCCAAUCAGUAAAAGGGGGAUAAAUGAGGAUUUCCGACCGGAAUAUCCUGUUAUUUUGCCAUUUAAGGCAACUCUUCUUCAUUCUUAACCCAUAUGGAUUGAUUUUUUUGGACGAGGUUUAAACGGAAGAUGAGGAAAAUGCCAAACAAACCGUCUUUUGCCAUCCGGUCCUGCCAGAGUUAGGACAAACACUGUGUUGCGGUCAUACGUUUGUUAUUUGGCCGCUGGUGCUGCCUGAAGCCCCCAAGUGAGUCUGGCUUUUCGCCUGUCUGAUAAGAUGAAGGCUUGUUUAUUGUUCCAACGUUCUUAGUCUAUUUUUAUACUGCCGUGGCCAUGACAAGCCGACAGUGGCAUCACUGUGCAAUAAUUUCAGAGCAGAACACAACCAGGGGUUUGAUGUGUAUAUAAAGACUUACAGUCCACCUAGUUUUAUACUUAAUUAUUUUAUUUUUUUGGUUAUAGCUCUUUUCAUUGGAGUUCAGUGUAAUGUGAUGAUCUCUAUAGCAGAUGACGGUGUCAUCAAAGCAUUGAUCAUGCAUAAAAACAGCUGAAAUCAGUUUUAUGUGCUGUAUGUUUGAGACUUUCUGUGUAUAUGUUUGUCAUUAUUUCCAUAAUUGACAAUCGGAACAGCUUGUUUUGCAACUUCGUUUGAAAGUUCUUAAACGGAAUGUUCAGCGCUCGGGACAAGUUAAGAUCAAUCGACAGCAUUGUGACGGCAUAAUGUUGAUUAUGUUCCUGUGAGGCACUCACAAUGGAAGUCAAUGGGACAUUAAAAUACUCACCGUUUCAAAAGUAUAGACACAAGACAUAAACAAUAGGUGUGUUAACAUGACUUUAGUAUGAUAAUAUUGCUUACAAACCUUGUCAGUGUAUAGUUGCCAUGACAACACAACACAACACAACAAACCCUGUAAUCGCGGUAAUGUAGCAGUCUGCUGCUAAAACAAAGAUUUAAACGUUACAGCUCAGUUUUAACCAAAGAAUGAACCUCUUUGGCAUUUUUGGGCUGCCGCCAGCAAUUGUUCACACUUAAAUUUAAAAGCUCACCAUUUAUACACACGUUGGACUAAUUGCCAAAUAUUGGAGGAAAAAAAAAUUCUCAAAUUUGUAAAUGUGUAAUUCUGGUUCUGUUCACCCCAUCUCCUUUCAUAUAGUCUUAUUUUAUUCCACUAGAUGUCAGCGAGUACUAGAAAUUGUAUUUUUCCUGAAAUAUAGGUGGCGCUAUAAUGCACUUUAGCCCUUGCAGAUGUGCUCGUCCAUAGACAUUCAGUCUAUUUUUCAGUUCAUGCACCACCCACAUGUUCUCAUUGAAUAUCUCGGGCUCUGAGUGGACUAAAAGCUCAAUCUAGGUGUCAUUAGAAAGCGGAGAUCCUCCACUUUGCAGUGCUCUAUAUCAUUUUAUCACUGAUAGUCAAUAACAUAUUAUUCCGAGGAUUUGUUUAGCAUGUGUUUCCUGCGGGACUGCAUAUUUUGUUCUGGACAUCUAAGAUAUCAAAUUGGAUAAUUCACACAAGCAAACUCAUUGAGAAGUAAACAAUGGCUCAUUUAUUAGGGAAAAGCAGAUAUAAAGUUUGAGCUAUUUGGGGCUUACAGCAGCAGUGAUCAGCGCAUAAAAGUGACGCUUGUAUUUGAUUACUUACAAAUGUCAUAUUUCACUUUGAGAUUAUUUUGAGAAUAUUUUUAACUGUUGUAUUAGGGUAACAAAAUAAUCUGUUCAGUCACACUCCUGAGAAUGAGAGCUUUCAUUUGAUAUAAGAGUUGUCUAUUUAAAUGCUAUUUUAAAAUCAUAUUAAUAUUUCUACCACAUGACCACUAGGUGUUGCUUAUUUGCGACGUCGGACGUUUUAAGGAAUUGAUGGUUAUCUCUAAAAAGUUCACAUUUUAAGCACUCAAACGAUACUCCAUAUGCCUGACUUAUGCAUAGAACAAGUUGAACAUUUUAAUCGUAAAUUAUGUAAUUUUUUACUAUUUUUGGCGACACAGUGCCCCCUUUUGGGAGGUUUUAAUGUAAGUGCUUUUAAUAAAAUGAUAAGCUUCACAUUUUUGCCUUUUAAACCCUCCAAAAAUUGGCCCCAUUGACUUCCAUUGUAAGCACCUCACGGGAACGCCCAUUUUUCCUUUUUAUAGGUCAAAUGAUUUGUGCUGAUAAUCAACAUGGUACCACAAAUGCUGUCGAUGGAGCUGUCGCUUGAACUGAAGCCAGAAUAUUCCUUUAAUAAUAAAUUAGUGCAUGAUUACCAAAAGCAUAUGGAAAAGUGUCAAAUAUACUAUAUGGCUAUGGUAUUAUCUAUAUAUAGUUAAAACUAUUUACUUGAGGAGUUAAGAAAUAGUGCACCCUUAUGACUUCUUGACUUCUUCCCCAUUCACUUUGAUUAUAUGGAAAAGAGCAGCCAAAACAUUCUGCAAAAUUUCUCUUUGUGUGCUCCACAGAAGAAAGUUUAGAACAACACGAGGGCAAGUAAAUGAUGACAACACGUGCGAAAUAUCGUCACUGCACUUUCAAUCUGCUUAAUGUCAAACUUUGCUUCAAUAAUAAUAAUAAUAAUAAUAAUAAUAAUAAUAAUAAUAAUAAUAGUGCCUCUGUUGGUGCCUUAAAUCCAGUUAAUCUCUUUUUUGUGACUUUUUGUUUGUUUUUGAGUGUGUUAGAGGUGACGGCUUUAAACCAGAAUAUAUUUUUGAGCAUCAUGGGUGUCUCAUGUGGUUUUAAUGUGUUUAUAUUGAUCUGAACAUGAAUCAUUAGAAGGUCAGUCAGUAACUGAAAUGCUGUGAAUUAAACAAACUCUGGGCUUGUUUCAAAUGUUAAAUGCAAAGUGUAAAACAAAACAAUUUCUUUGUUUUUAUAUAUGCAACUUGUCAAAAUCUCUUCGCAUAAUCACGGUGUUUUCUCGAUAAAACAUUUUGAUUUUUCAGCUUUUACACUUUCUGCACUUUGGCUGUCAAAUUUGGAAAAUUUGCAUAUUACUGCUUUUGUAUGUUUAGAGGAAGCACACAGAGGUAUUACUAGUUUGAUGAAUUAAAUAACUUGAUAAAUAUCAAUAUGCAGAAAAAAGGGUGGCCGAUAUAAUGUUGAUGUGUAUAUAUAUAUAUAUAUAACACAAUGAAAAAAAUAGUUACAUGUUAUUUUUGGGCUCGUAUCGGUAAUAAUAUUAUCAAUAUAAAUAUUGUAAAAUUGUUCUGU